GACCAGAGGCGAGUUGGACGACAGUUGGGCGAGAUGGCUCUGCAGCUGGGUCCAGACGAACUGCUGCACGUAUUUUUCUUCCUGGAGGCCCAAGACCUUAUGUGCGCCACACAGGUCUGGAAUGAAGUUUCACAGACCAAGGAAUUGUGGAGGCAUCUGUGUCUGAGUCGCUGGUCCUUCUGCAAAGCCUCCUGGAUGGUCCUGGGCACACAAACAUGGAAACAGUACUAUCUCUGCCAGUCUGAGCUGGAGUUCCGAGUGGCAUCUGGGUGACCCGUGAAGGACUGCAUCUGCAAAGCAAUUGCUGGGCAUAGAGGAUACAUAGGGCAGCUGGCCUACAUUUCAACCAAUGAGUACUGGUUCAAUGGAAGGGAGAAAUCUGUGAUUUGUACUCUGUCCUCAGACUGUACUGUGCGUGCCUGGGAUUUGCAUGAGGGCACAGAGAUCUGGUCCAGCCCUUGGCAGCCUGUUCCUCUGAAAAAUUUGGUGACGUAUCCUCAGCUGCAACUUUUUGUCACCACAGACAACCAAGGAUUGAUCAAAAUGUGGAAAGCAGAGACUGAAUGGGAAUUGGCCUCCUUCUGCUUACCGACCUCCACUUCUGCAGUGGAGCCCUGUUACUGUCCAGAGGCCCCCUUCCUGCUGGCAGCCUGUGUUAACGGGAUCCUCUACACCCUGAGAGUGCCUCAGCUGCAAGUGGUCUCCACAAUGACUGUGUUUUCUAACACCUUUGGAAAUCUGCUCUGCUCUCCUGACCAGCAAUGGGUAUUUGUGUCUCCACAGGACUCAGAUGUGCACCCAAAGCUGUUCUACACUCAGUCCUUGCUAUACCCAUUAGAUAAGCCUCCUGUCUGCACUACCCUCCCUCUCUGGAUGUCAUCUCAAGCCUGCUGGGCACCCGAUGAAUUGGCCAGACUGAUUGUGGUGCACAAAAAUGAAAAUGAAGAUGACAUGCAGCUGGUUGUCACUACCUUUGAAUUAAGAGCCAAGAAAUCAUCCAAGAACAGGGUGGACAUUCUGAUAAAACAGGUGGCCAGUUUCUUGCCAGACACCUUGAUGUCACCUCACCUAAAGGGAAGCAAUACCCUGGGGCUGACUUCCGGAUUGGAGCUGAUGCUGUUCACCAUACAUGGUCUGCAGCUGGUAGCUUUCCAGGACCACCAGAAGCCCAUCACAUCCAUGCGGGUGGACCUUGACUGAGUCAUCACCUCCAUGGACCUCUCCUUACGUGUCUACGUGUGGAAUAAGGAAAAUAAAUUUCCAGUCCUCAAGAGCUGCUAUCACUUGCUUGGAGGAUCCCACAAAUGGGCCAGUGGAUUUACCCAUGUGGAAAGUGACAGCACAAACAUUGUUGGAGUGGAAGCCAGAAGCAAUGGAACAAGCAUUCUGAGAUCAUAUUGCUUCAAAAUUCAGCAUGUCUAAAGAUUAUCCCAGUUGGAGGUACUCUCACUUUGGUAGAACUUGAAUACAUACAAAGACCAACUUGACUAUGUUGUCAAUAUUGGGAAAGGAAUUUGUAAUUCUCAGAUGGCCACUCCAUACCCUGCACACUGUACUGUGUGACUUAAACCCUCACUAUAUGCCAAUGAAGUGUAUACUGUUAUCUGAUCUUAAAGAAAGUAAAAUUUAAAAGAGUAAUUAGUCAUUGUUAGCCUACUUUUCAACUGCUACACAAACUGCCCAUGAUUUUUCAGAUCAUAGGUGGUAGACAAGUUGAAUGUUAAGUCUGAGGGCACUAGAAAGCCCAUGCUUAAUAUAUUAAAAUUACAACAAUUGUUUUUUGUUUUGACUCACAUUUAGAUGUCCCCCAAAAGCCUCAUGUUUUUGUAGGUGGGGCUUUAAAAGGUGAUUGAAUCAUGGGGUGCUGUACCUACAUGUGAUGUUAGGAGGGGGCCUAGUCAGAAGAGACAGGGUGCUGGGGGUAUGACCUGGCAGGGAUAUCUGCUCUUCUUGUUCCUCCUUUUGCCCUCUGCUUCCAGGUUGCCAUGUGGUGAGCAGCUUUUCCUCCACUGUGCCCCUCUGCCAUUUCAUUCUGCCCUGGAAUGAGCCAGCUGAAUGUAACCAUGAGCCAGCUGAAUGUAACCAUGAGCCAAAAUAAACCUCUUUAAGUUGCAUGGGUCAGGCAUUUUGUCUCAGUGACUAAGUGACUUAAGACAUUUUUGUUUUGCAAAUAUGCAAUUAGGUAAAGAACAUUUUUUUCCUAUUCUGUUAUGUGCUUUAGAUGUACAUUGUUCUUGCUGUCCAUAGAUGAAUUUUUGGUGCAACGUUGCAUAAUUGUAGAGCUGCCAUCUUUUAUUUUAUAUUGUUGGUACCCCCUGUAAUAGGUCAGUAUGAAAGGCCUGGCUGGGUCAGGGGACAUAACACUCAGAGUUAUUAGUUGUGAGCAAUAAGCAUUGACAUUGACUGACUAAAACUGAAAAGGGGAUUUAUUGGAAUGAAAGGUUGGCGACAAAUUACUAAAUACUCUUCUGAAUUUGGAAAGAAGUAGCAAGUUACAAUGAAGUUAUAGGUAUAUGAAAUUUGUAAUGAAUAUAUAUUUGUAGUAAAUUGUGUCACAUGCCAUGUAUUUCAGUAAAGUAUGUUGAUAAUGAUAAUUAGUUCCCCCCCAGUGGAACUAAUAGGUAAACAUUUACCUACAUACCACAGAUGAAAGUGUUUUGUAACACUGUAGGGUGAUUUGUGAUUAAAAAAUUUAAAGUCUUGGCAGUAGUUCCAGCUACUCAAGAAGCUAAGGCAGAAGUAUGACUUUUUGAGCUCACAAGACUAGCCUGGCAGUGUAAUGAGACCCCAUAGACUUGAAGUCAGACCCAUACUCUUAAUUUGGAUCUUUUCACACCUGUUUUUGGUUAGACUGGCUAGGGAGUUGUAUAUUUUGUUUAUUCUUUCAGAGAACCACCUAUUGGUUUUCGUUUGUUUGUUUGUUUUGGUCUCAAUUUCAUUGAUUUCUGCUCUGUUAUUUAUAAUUUCUAUCCUUGUAGUUUUGGGUUUGAAUUGUCCUUUUUCUAGAACAUUGAAGUGGAUCAUCACUAGGUUAUUUAUUUGGGCUUGCUGUUUUUGUUAUGUGGGUAUGCACAGCUAUAAAUUUCUCUUUUAGGACUGCUCUCAUUGUGUCCUAAAUAUUCUGGUAUAUUGUAUUGGGAUUAUUGUUUAUUUCUAGAAACUGUCCUGUUUCUUCCUUGAUUUCUUCUGUAACCCCCCACCCUUUUUUUUGUACCAAGGAUCCAACUUAGGACCUUGUGCUUGCAAGGCAGGCUGUGGCACCACUGAGCUCAAUCCCCAGCCCAUGUAACCCAUUUUUAAGAGUAUAUUGUUUACUUUCCAGGCGUUUGCAUAGUUUCUGAGUUUUCUUUUAUCAUUGAUUCUAGUUUUACUGUACUAUGAUUUGAUAAUAUACAUAGUAUAAUAUUAAUUCUUUUAUAUUUCCUUAAGCUUGCUUUAGUGGGUAGUAUGUGGUCUGUUUUUGAGAAAGUUACACAUGCUGUGCAUUCUGUUGUUGUUGGGUGGAACCCUCUGUAGAUAUCUAUUAAACCUAUGUGUUUGAAGGUUUGAUUCAACUCUGAUAUUUAUUUGUUGAUUUUUUUUUUUGCCUAGUUGACCCAUUUGUGAUAGUGGGUUGUUACCAUCACCUAAUAUAAUUGUGUUCAUGUUUAUUAGGCCUUUCAUAUUCAUUAGUAAUUGUUUUAUGAGGUUGAGUGUGCUGUUGUUCAGUGCAUGUGUGUUAACAAUUGUUAUCUCCAGGUAGAAUUGUUCCCUUAACCAAAUAUAUAGUGACCUUCUUUGCCUCUUUUUAUCACUUUUGGCUUGAAGUCCACUUUGUCUGAAUAUAGGAUAGCUGCAUCUGCUUUUAACUGUUGCAUAGACUAUAGUUUUCCAUCCUUUGAUUUUUAGUCUCUGAGUUUCUUUUCGUGUUAAAUGUGUUUCUUGUAUACAGCAUACUGCUGUAUUUUGUUUCUUGUUCCAUUCUGUGUCUUUUGAUUGGGGAAUUGCCUGCACCUUAUGGGCACCUUGGACACCCAUUGGUCGGUGUGUGUCACGUCUCGAAGCAUUGCGAUUGGCUAGCGGGCAGGCGCAUGGAGGGUGGCAGGGCCCACUGGUCCUCAGCAAGAGCAGUAGCUCGCGGUGUGUGGCGCAUGCUCACGCGCAGGAAGUUGUUGUCCAGCCCUUGGGGCGGGACCCCUCUUCCCUGCAGACCCGGCUGUGACCCCUGGGCCAGGGCGGACCGUGAGAGCCCACAGGGCCGCAGUCAGGCCCAGUACCCGAGGACACUCGCAGGCCACUUCUCAGGCCGCCCCGCCCUUCCUCCCGAGCCCCAAGCCCCGCGGACGAGCAUAACGGACCCGCGGGUGCGGGGUCUCCGGAGCCCGAGGACACAGGACAGACAGGCUCUGAAUCUGCAGCCCUAGCUGACACACUCCUUAUGGCCCCUCGAGAUUUAUUUUUCCAACUGCAGGUAGCAAGGGGUUCCUUUGGGAGGCACCUCCUUGAGUGUUGCGAGCCAUCCUGCAGGGGCCUUUGGGGUUCAGGGUCGCACAUGGGCUCCCUGCCAGGCCAGGCUGCCAGAACCCCAGGCCCAGGGUGCGGAGCACCCCUCCAUCCUGCUCGCAGUGAACUGGGCUGGUUUCUCAGAAAAAUCCAACAUCUGGGUUUUUCAGCUAGUCAGUUCUGAUUUUAAGCGCUGGCUUUGGGGGGUGCGCCAGCAACCACAAUAAGCCAUUUGCAAGUUGGUUCAAGCCUGAGCUGGGGAUUUAGCUCAGUGGUUCAUGUGCAAGCGCAAGGUCCUGAGUUCAAUCCCUGGUACCAAAAAAAAAAAAAAAAAAAGGACUGAGUUUGUGACCUCAGAUUUAGAUCUAAUUCAGCUACUAAAUUGUUCAAAUGCCCUUCACCAAGUCACUUUUCUCCGGUACGCCCAUUCUCAACCCGGGUGACCUGCUCAGAUUCUUGGGGCCUAUGAUACAUUGGUUUGUGGCCAUGCAGAGGGCUUUACACUUUCUAAAAACUGAUUCUACUCCAAGUGGAAAGAGUUCUGAAGAUUGUACACUUUCUCCACUCUCCUGGGUCUUCUGUUUUAGGAAUUAAAAUACCUGUUUAAUUCUCCAGUUUCUUGAGUCUUCUGUUAUAAGAACUGAAAUAACUUUGUUUCAACCCGAUUUUCCAUUUAUUUAUUUAUUUUUUGGUACCGGGGCUUCAACUCAGGUCCUUGUACUUGCAAGGCAGGUGCAGUGCCACUAAGCUAAAUCCCUGCCCCUGCUUUUAUUUUAUUCUAUUCCCAAUCCUGUUACCCAAAUAGUUUGCAGUAUA